ACAGCUUUCACUUAAUUCUUAAUUUAUCUUGGUUUUUUCUGAAUAUUCUUGCCGAGGCCGACUGGUGGCCCGCCCUCAGUCUGAGAAAGUCUGGCUGGUGUCUGAUCUCCAUCGCAGUCAAACCCUUCCAAACAUCUUUCAUCAUCGUCCACCACCACCGCCCAUCGCCCGACUUCCACCCCCAACUCCAUCCACCAACAUCGAUUUUCCACCCUCCGCCAUCUCCUCUCUAUCGCACCAUUCAAUUCCUUUAUCCACCGCUUAUCAUCGCGUCUCUCGUGACCCCCUCGCGACCGCCCGCGACCGCCCGCGACCGCUCUCGCUCUCUCCGAUCUCGUCACUCUCCCUCCUCCCACUCGCUCACUCGCUCAUUCUCCUCUCGCGCCGGUACACUCAUAUCGAGCCCGGAGUGACGAGACACCGCCACAUCUCCUUUUCCUACUCUACCCGAUCAUGGCGCUGGAGCCGCAACCGCCCAGCGUUCGCAAGCGCGUCAAGGUCUACGAACUCAGGGAUAAUGACUGGUUUGAUCGGGGAACGGGGUUUUGCACCGGCCAGUUCUUGGAAGAUGAACCGCGAAUAUUUGUCGAGUCUGAAGACGAGCCUGGUCGGGUGCUCUUGGAGACGAAAAUAAACAGAGAUGAUGGGUACCAGAAGCAGCAAGAGACAUUAAUCGUAUGGACGGAGCCCACUGGGACGGAUAUGGCGCUGAGCUUCCAAGAAGCUGAGGGUUGCGCAGUUAUCUGGGAUUUCGUCCACAGUGUCCAGCACCACAUGGGUGUGGCAACAACAGAUGACUUAUCAGAAGACCUUGAUAGCUACCACCAGGUCAUGCUGCCCGCACCGGAGCUCGGGAACCUACCGGAAAUUGAACACAUUAUGAGAGUCGCUAGCAUGUCGCAGCCCGGUCGAGAUACGCUAUCCAAGAUUGUCAUCCGCGAUGACUACAUUACCAAAUUGAUUCCUCUCGUUUCUGUCGCAGAAGACCUCGAAAGUCUCCCCGAUUUACAUCGCCUUUGCAGCAUAAUGAAGUCCGUCAUCCUUCUUAACGAUAACACCAUCAUCGAAAAUGUCGUCGCCGAUCCUCUGAUCCUCGGAGUGGUUGGAGCUCUAGAAUACGACCCCGAAUUCCCUACCCAUAAAGCAAACCACCGACAAUACCUUGCAGAUGAAUCCCGCUUCAAGGAAGUCGUUCCGAUCAAGGACCCUAUCAUCCGGAAGAAGAUUCGUUGUACAUGGCGCCUACAAUACUUGAAGGACGUGGUUUUAGCACGCAUUCUAGACGACCCGACCUUCUCCGUCCUCAAUUCGUUGAUUUUCUUUAACCAGGUCGAAAUCGUGAACCAUAUUCAGUCGAACGCGGCAUUCUUAAAAGAGCUGUUCUCAGUCUUCGACCCCAGGAACCCGGACAUGAGACGAAAAGAAGACGCGGUGCAAUUUCUCCACCAAUGUGCGGUCAUCGCAAAGAAUCUGCAGCCUCAAGGUCGCGCAAGUCUCUAUGCCAACUUUAUCGGCCAUGGCCUUUUCGCAGUAAUCGCCUUUGCCGUGAAACACCCACGACCGCCAGUGAGAACGACCGGUAUCGACAUUCUGGUGGCGCUGCUCGACCAUGACCCUAUCCUGAUGCGUGGCUAUAUGCUUAAGGCCGUCAACGAAAAGAAGACACCUCUUACGGAUACCCUGAUUGACCUGCUGCAUAUGGAGUCCGAUCUCGGCGUUAAAAACCAACUGGCAGAUGCCAUCAAGGUUCUGCUUGAUCCUCAAGUCACCAUGCAGGAUGCGAUGGGUCGGGCUGGGCCCGAUUACUUUGCCAAACUCCGUCCCAACAACAUCCUAUCCGAUGCGUUUGUACAACACCACUUUGAUGAAUCGGCUAAGAAGUUGUUUAUGCCGAUGGGCAAUCUCGAGCAUCGUACUAAUUUUCACGACCUCACGUUCCACGAGGUGGCAUUAUACGCUCAUCUUGUUGAUAUCCUUGGGUUCUUCAUUCGCCAGGACAUGUUCAGAAAUCGCCACGUUCUCCAAACUGAAGCCAUUGCACCACGGAUAGCACAGUUGCUCACUGUGCCCCAGAAACAUCUCAAACUGGCUGCCGUGAAAUUCUUCCGCGGCUUAAUUGGCCUCCACGACACGUUUUACCAAGCAAUCCUGACACGCCACAACACAUUCGGCCUCAUUCUCGACAUUGUCCGUGAAACGAUGCCCCGCGAUAAUCUCCUAAACUCAGCAUGUCUCGAACUAUUCGAAUGCAUUCGAAGGGAAAAUAUUAAAACGUUGAUUGUGCAUGUAGUUGAGAAAUACCGCGAAAAACUCUUGAGCAUCGUUUACGUCGAUACAUUCAUCAAUUUGGUCAACCGUUACGAACAGAUGCAGGGAUACGGGGCUGAUGCUGAGUUCACACUAUCUGCGCGGGGCGAGGAAUCGCAGGCGCCAAAAACUCAACCCAAUGGACAGCGAUGGUCAGGGGUUGGAGAGAUGGAUGCUGCAGAGGAAGCUUACUUUAAUACCUCAGACGAUGAGGAGGAUUGGCAACAAACCAACCCCGAUACUGCGCAGGACAGGCCUGCUCUUCCACCUCUUCCAGCGGCCAAACCAUUAGUUGACUACCCCGAUGACGAUGACGAAGAUGUCAUGGAUACACAAAUGGAUCCGACUCAAUCCCAGAAACAAGAAGAAAAACAUGUGAAGCAAAAUAUUUGCGCUACACAAGAUCCUAACCUGAGACACACAACACCACCAUCCCAACCUCCCCCGGAACGAUUAUCAGAAAAGCGACGCCGUGAAGAGGAAGACGAAGACGAACUAGUCAAGUUAACCUCUGGCGGGCCCAAACGACGAAGUUCGACGAGCAGUAACUCCGGAAGCGCCGGGUUCUUACGACGAAAGAGGAGCAUAGAAAAGGGAAACACACAAAGUACCAACAGCGUCAGCGCACCACCGAAGAAGAUUUCGAUUAAUAUCGGGGCCAAGCCCAACAACACAACAACCACAACAAGCAGUGAAAAGGAGAAUUGAGAUGAAAUAAUCCGGCAUUGAAGGCAGUUGAUCCCGUGACAUUUUUUUACAUGUUUCAUUUGAACGGCAUCCAUACAUAUCGGCGUUUAUUUGCACAAAUCAAUAACCAUAUAUCCCCAUUCCCUAGCGAACUGUUGUCAGGAUACCUGUCUGUUUUGAGUGUCUUUACGUUUUUCUUCCGGCUGCUUAUCUUAGAUACCAGAUGAAGUGACGGUGUUUU